GGUAAUGUUUUGUUGACUGGGCGACCUAGUGUGCCGCUUCCCCUCGUAAUUGAUGGAAUGUACCGCGUAACUAAUAAUUGCCAGUCUGGCCAGGUGCCUCGUAAAUGACCAAACGCGUAAAGGAAAUCCGCGUAAAUCGAGACUAUACUAUACUGGAAAAUACAGUUGCAAUGUCUGAAGAGGAGGAGGUAUGUACAGUAUUUAGUUUGCAAGUUGCAUGUGCAUGAUUUUUAAUUACAGUUCACUGUAGACAUACAGUAUAGUAUAAUUAAGGAGGGUUGUCAUUAAACACACAAGUCAUCAAUGAAUUCAAACAGCCACAUAAUACUCACAUAACUAUUGGUUUCAUAUUUUGAAUCAGUUACUGUAAAUGAAUGUUGACUAUAAAUAGCCAGUGUUAAUAAAUCCUCAAGUCCAGAAAUUGAGCUUUGAAAUUUUUAAGAUUUUAUAAAUUUUUGCUGUGUAAGCUGCCAGGGCUGGUGAAAAAUGUUCAGGCUAAGCAGUAUUUUUUACAUACUGUACCAGGGAAGAAGUACAUAAUGCAAGUCUCUUGUAGGAUAUCCAAUAAACAGGGUAUGAUGAACACUUCCAUUUAUGAACAUUCUUGCUAGAGUUGAACCAUUUUGGUUAUGAAGGAUUUUAUAUUACUAGAGCAAGUAUUAUAUGGGUAACUUAAGUGGAAGAUUUUUUCAUGACUUAAUAACCAUAGGGAUCCCAGAGACAUGUGAAGAUCUGCUUAUCAUGUACAGGAUCACCACAGUUGAAAACCUGUGUUGUACUUCUUUACCUGAUACAGUAUUCAUAAAUUUUGGCUUUUCAUGAAUAAGGACACAAGUGAAGGGUAUUCAUUCCAGUGUGUGUUGUGUUGUAAAGGACAUUUACAAGUUGGUAGACAACCUUUGAAUUCCAAAGAUUUUGCAUUUUGUACAGAUGAUUAAUCUUGAGUUUUCUUGAGGUAAAGUGGCUCUUUGGUCAUAUUAAGUCGGUGGACUUCUGGAAAUAUGAAUCCUGAGAGCACUGGCCAUCAAGUAGUACUGUAUUAAGAGUAAAGGAGCCAUGGUUAACAUUCAGUUUUGAAAUUUUUCCCCAAAAAUGUGCCAGAAAGCUUCACAAAGCCCCUGAAUGUGAUUUUUAUUUAUUAUUAUUUUUUUAGGCUGCACCCCUUCCUGUCAGAUUCAUUUUCCAUUGGGUUUGACUGUCACUGAUAUUGAUCACCCUACCUUUGGUAAUGUGGUUUUAUGUUGGUAAUGUGGUUUUAUGUUUAGGUUUAGAAUAAAAUUGAUUUAAGUAAUUAAAGCAUAUGGCAUGAAUUUGUCCUAAGCAUGUCCUUGCAACAAAUUUUUCUAUUAAUAAUAUUCUUUAGCUGGAAAUAUAUUGUGGCUAUUGGUGUAUGAAGUAGGUUGUACCUGGCCAACCUCAACCGCUGUAUGCAAUACAGUAAACCCUUAUCAACUAGGACCCCCAUGAUUCUUGUACAGGGAGUCAGCCUCGGACACUUUUUCAUGAAUCUCGGACAAUAUCUGAAAUGGAAAGGCGAACUCGGACAGCAUCAAGUCUUCCCGAAGGUUCUGGAAGCUUCCCUAAGAUUCUUGAAGGUUUCCAAGUCCAGAUGUUUGGAUCCCUCCUUUAAGUGUUUUGCCAAAGAUGAUGGGGCCACUGAUCCACUUGUUGAUCAGUGUAUUGGGAAUUCUCCACACAACUGUACAAUUGUCUAUACAUCAACCUACAUAUCUUUUGCAUCUGAGUGGGACCUGAUAUGCAGCGAUAAAUAUAAAGUGGCACUGGUGCAGUCGCUAUGGAUGGGAGGUGUGAUGACUGGGGCGCUCUUGCUUGGUGGAGUAGCUGAUGUGAUAGGACGACUCAAGACACUUACGCUAUCACUUCUAGGGAUGAUAGCCUUUGAAGGCUUUAGUGCCUUCGCUUCAACACUUUUGAUCAUGAUUGUACUACGAUACCUGGGAGGUAUCUGCUGUGCAUUGAUAAUUCUCUCGAGCUUCGUCCUCUCACAAGAGUUGAUUGGUAUGGAUUGGAGAAGCUUUUGUGGUAUGUCCCUUGGCUUGUUUUUUGCCAUUGGAAUAGGAGUGUUCGCUGCUUUGGCAUCAGUUGUGGAUACCUGGAGAACUUUAACAUUUCUUUGCUCCAUCUCUGGAUUACUGUUCUUGAGUUUUCCAUGGUAUGUUCCCGAGAGUCCAAGAUGGCUUGCCUCUCAGGGAAGGUACGAAGAAGCAAAAGUUGUUUUGGAAACAAUGGCCAGAAAAAAUGGGAAAUUUGACAGUCUUCCAUCCCAUUGGGAAAUUUCAGUAAAUGCCAAGAGCAAAGAGGAGAGCAGCAAGAAGCCAGUGGGAGUUAGACUUCUGGUCAGCCAUCCUUAUGUGCUCCUUCUUACGCUGAUUCAAAUUAAUUCCUGGUUUGUCAACAGUGCAACCUAUUAUGGUCUUACAUUGGCUGCCAGUAACUUAGGAGGAGAUGCUUAUAUGUCGACAGCGCUGAGUGGUCUUGUUGAGAUCCCUGCUUGUCUUGUUGCUGUGGCAGUCAUAGACAGAAUCGGACGACGAUUAACAUUGUGUGGGUUUAUGAUGGUCGGUGGGUCAGUUUGUUUGUGUAUUCAGUUUAUACCAGCCAGGUUUAUCACGCUGAUAACAGUCUUGGCCCUCAUUGGUAAACUGAGUAUUUCUGCAAGUUUCUCUGUUUGUUACAUUCAUAGCGCUGAAAUUUUCCCAACUGCGAUACGAAAUUCUGGUGUGGGUAUUUUAUCAGUAGCUGCCAGGGUCGGUGGUAUGCUGGCACCAUUGAUUCUUAUGCUGGGAGAAGUGACACCAAAUCUACAGUUUACAGUUCUGGGUCUUAUGACUUUUGCAGCAGGAAUGCUUAAUCUUAAGUUACCUGAGACACUUGGCCAACCAUUGCCUGAGUGUGUCGCUGAUAUACUUGCUUUAAGGAAUGUUGGGAAGACAAAUGGCACCAGCAAGGAUCAUAGAUAUAAAAAACUGGAAAUGGGAGAAGAGGAGACUGAAGGAGAAGUAAUUGUUAGACCUCGGAGUCCAUUCAGCAGAGGCAAGAUUACUGGUGAAGAUCAGGUGCCCCUGAUGGAAGAAGAAUGAUGGUCAUGCUCUUGAUAUAUAUAUUAUUGGGGAUACUACUGAAAUGUAUGUUAUUUGAAAUUAUGAUUGUAGUGUCCGAGUUUAUUAAAAGUGAAAAUUACAUAUUACCCACUUGGGUACUUAAAGAGAUUAUAUUUUUUUAUUUCAUAAUUUAACAGUGUACAUCAAUUAAUAUGAAAACUUAUGAAAUGUCAAAUAUAUUUUUAGCUUAAUAAAAGUGCGUGCUAAUCUGACUUAACGUGGAAAUGGUGUUAAGGCUUCUUGUUUUUAUUUACAAAAUAUGAUUUUUAAGGAAUUCACUAAAUUAAAUGUCAAAAAAAUUU